ACUGUUUUCAAAAAAUCAAAACCUCGAAAAUACAUAUAUAUUUGCACAAGGUCAAUACUUGGACUUAUGCCGCAAAUUAAUAAAGGAGGUGACUCGGAGGAGGCGUCGGGCCGUAAGGGAAAGCCCAAAGGUCAGCCCCAAAAGGACCAAGAAAAUCGAGGAUGGAGCGAUCAGAAGAAAGGACAAUAUGAUGGACGGCAGAGUGGUGGAGGCCAGCACAAAUUCGGAGAACAGCAGCAGGAAAAAGUAGGACAGCAACAGAAGUUCGGAGGACAGCAGCAAAAGAGUCAAGGGUCUCAAGGAUGGGAAAAUCGGCAAGGGUGCCAGGGUCAAAAAAAUGUAGGAUGGGGCGAUCAGAAGAAAGAUCAAAAUGAUGGAUGGCAGAGUGGUGGAGGCCAGCAGAAGAAGUUCGGAGAACAGCAGCAGCAAAAAGUAGGACAGCAACAGAAGUUCGGAGGACAGCAGAAAAAUUCUCAAGGAACUCAAGGAUGGGCUUGUCGAAAAGGACCGGAGUCUUAUAAGACUCUGAAUGAACAACAGACUUCAGGUUCACUGCACAGUGCGAGUUCAUCAACCUCUGCUUCAUCUGGGUGCCAGAAGGAAGAAGUCCAACAGCAAAGGACCCACGGAGCCCAAAGAUAUGGUGGUCAGCAAAGCUCGUACAAAGACCGUGAAAACUGGGGUCCCCAACCGCAACAACGUCCACAAGGACAGCAGAUGCAACGUCCACAAGGUCAGCCUCAACAACGGCCACAAGAUCAGAUGCAACGCCCACAACAACAUUCACAACAACGUCCACAAGGACAACAGAUGCAACAUCCACAAGGUCAGCCUCAACAACGUCCACAAGAACAGCAGAUGCAACGCCCACAAGAACAUUCGCAACAACGUCCACAAGGACAACAGAUGCAACAUCCACAAGGUCGGCCACAACAACAUCCACAAAAACAGCAGAUGGAACGUCCACAAGAACAGCAGAUGCAACGUCCACAGGAACAUCCACAACAACGUCCACAAGGACAGCAGAUGCAACAUCCACAAGGUCGGCCUACACAACGUCCACAAGAACAGCAGAUGCAACGUCCACAAGGACAGCCGCAACAACAUCCGCAAGGACAGGAGAUGCAACAUCCACAAGGUCAGGUACAACGUCCACAGGGACAGCUGAUGCAACAUCCACAAGGUCGGCCACAACAACGUCCACAAGAACAGCAGAUGCAACGUCCACAGGAACAUCUACAACAACGUCCACAAGGACAGCAGAUGCAACAUCCACAAGGUCGGUCACAACAACGUCCACAAGAACAGCAGAUGGAACGUCCACAGGAACAUCCACAACAACGUCCACAAGGACAGCAGAUGCAACAUCCACAAGGUCGGUCACAACAACGUCCACAAGAACAGAAGAUGCAACGUCCACAAGAACAGCAGAUGCAACGUCCACAGGAACAUCCACAACAACGUCCACAAGGACAGCAGAUGCAACAUCCACAAGGUCGGUCUACACAACGUCCACAAGAACAGAAGAUGCAACGACCACAAGAACAUUCGCAACAAGGUCCACAGGGACAGCAGAUGCAACAUCCACAAGGUCGGCCACAACAACGUCCACAAGGACAGCAGAUGCAACAUACUCAAGGUCUACCACAACAAAGUCCACAAGAACAGCAGAUGAAAAGUUCACAACGACAAAAGAUGCAACAUCCACAAGGUCAGCCACAAAAACUUCCACAAGGACAGCAACAGAGGCAACUUUCUGGCUGCCAGUCUCAGGGACCAGCACCUAAGAACGUCUUAACGCCACAUCCCCUUGGCGAACGGGAUCCCAAUCAAAAAGAUGAUCCGAAAACACUACCUCAGCAGAAGCGUGUGGAUCAACCAAAAGAUCAACAAAAAUCCCAACCUGUUAGUUCCGCUCCAUUGCAGCCUGCUGUAAUUAUUAAACGUGGCACGAUCGGAACUCCCGGCCAGGUGGCCGUUAAUUAUCUGGAAAUAAACAUGGAAAAAAUGCCCGAAAUAGCCUUCCACUAUGACGUUAAGAUAUUACCAGAGCGGCCUAAGAAGUUCUGGAGGCAGGCUUUCGAGCAAUUUCGCGUCAAUCAAUUGGGGGGAGCGAUUGCUGCCUAUGAUGGCACAGCCUCGUGCUACUCUGUGGACGCCCUGGACACUAAAUCGUGUAAUGGGGAGGUGACUGUCAUUGAUAGACAUGGGCGUUCUAUUCAUUAUACUGUGGAAAUCAAGGAGACAUAUGACCUUCAGGUCGAUCUGAACUCUUUAAGAAACUACAUGUCUGAGAGGAUCUUCGACAAACCUAUGCGGGCCAUGCAAUGCCUAGAGGUAGUUAUGGCCGCUCCAUGCCACAACAAAGCCAUUCGGUCUGGACGCUCCUUUUUCAAGAUGUCCGCGCCGGGUCACCGUCGGGAGCUGGAAGAUGGCUAUGAGGCUCUGGUCGGUCUCUAUCAGGCCUUCAUGCUGGGCGAUCGACCCUUUUUGAAUGUGGACAUAUCGCACAAAUCCUUUCCGAUAGACAUGCCGGUGCUCGAGUACCUGGAACGAUUUGGGCUGGGGCAAAAAAUUAAUCAGAAUAGCGAUCUUGGCCAGUCGCGUGGCUCCAUUGACUUGUUCCUGAAGGGCCUCAAUGUGGUUUAUACGCCACCAAAAUGUUUCAAUUCUUUGCCACAUUGCUGGAAAGUUAAUGGACUUUCGAAAGACCCGGCCAGCAAGCAAACGUUCCAGCUGGAGGAUAAAAAUCUUACAGUUUUAGAGUAUUUUAAAUCUCGCAACUAUAUGUUGCAGUUUCCCCAUCUUCAUUGCCUGCACGUUGGAUAUCCGUCAAAGAAUAUAAUGGUGCCCAUCGAACUAUGCCACAUCGAGGGAGGACAGGUCAUGAAUCGCAAGGAUGCAGCCACCCAAGUGUCAAACAUGAUCAAGGUUGCCGCCACCUCGACCAAUGAACGCAAGGCCAAGAUCAUGGACCUACUCAAGUUCUUUCAUCACAACUUGGACCCAACCAUCGGUCGUUUUGGCCUCCGCAUUGCCAACGAUUUCAUCAUGGUGCAUACCCGAACUCUCGCGCCGCCGCAGGUGGAGUACCAGGGCAACAAGUGUUGCCCGGUAAGGAAUGGUUCGUGGCGCAUAGACAAUAUGCGCUUCCUCAAGGCUAAUCCGAAGGUGCACAAGUGGGCGAUCAUGUUCUUUGAUCCGCCACGCGGUCGCAAGAUGCCCUUCAAUCAGGUGGCCGAUUUUGAGUACAAAGUGCUGGGCCAAGCCAGGGCCAUGAAUGUGAGCCUGGACAAGAAGGCUGAAAUAUGGCCCUAUAAGGACGAGCGCAGCCUAGACAAGUGUUUCGAAGAUCUUCGGGGAAAAUGCGAUAUAGCCUUUGUGAUCAUACCGCAGUUUGGCGUGACGUACAGCACCAUUAAGCAGAAGGCCGAACUGCAGCACGGCAUUCUGACGCAGUGCAUCAAGCAGUUUACCGUCGAGCGCAAGAAUAAUCCUCAGACCAUUGGCAACAUCUUGCUGAAGAUCAAUUCAAAGCUGAAUGGCAUUAACCAUAAGCUAAAGGACGAUACCCGCCAGCCAAUUCUCACGAACGCCAUGUUCCUGGGCGCCGACGUUAGCCAUCCGUCGCCCGAUCAACGCGAGAUCCCCAGCGUGGUGGGCGUGGCUGCCUCGCACGAUCCCUUUGGCGGUGCCUACAACAUGCAGUAUCGCCUCCAGCGCUCGACACUGGAGGAGAUCGAGGAUAUGGAAUCGAUUACACUGGAACAUCUGCGCGUGUACCACAAGUAUCAUAAUAAAUAUCCCGAACAUAUUAUGUACUAUCGCGAUGGUGUAAGUGACGGCCAGUUUCCGAAAAUCAAAACCGAGGAGAUUAAGGGCAUAAAAGCGGCCUGUCGACAGAUCGGCAUUCGACCAAAGAUUUGCUGCAUUAUAGUGGUGAAGCGUCACCAUACUCGAUUCUUUCCCGUGGGCGAACCAACGCCCUACAACAAGUUCAAUAAUGUGUCACCCGGAACGGUGGUGGACCGCACCAUUGUCCAUCCGAACGAAGUGCAGUUCUUUAUGGUCAGCCACCAGUCCAUCCAGGGCACGGCCAAGCCAACGCGUUACAAUGUAAUUGAGAACACAGGCAGACUGGAUAUUGACCUCUUGCAGCAGUUAACCUUCAACCUCUGUCAUAUGUUUCCGCGCUGCACUCGAUCGGUUUCGUAUCCAGCACCGGCCUACCUUGCUCACCUGGUGGCUGCCCGUGGGCGUCACUAUUUGACGGGCACUGAACGGUUCCAGGACCUGAAGAGGGAAUACAGCAAGCGAACGAUUGUUCCCAAAUUUAUGAACACAAACCCGAUGUUUUUUAUAUAAAUUUUACAAUUCUCGAAUGAGGGGGCAUGAGCGGAUUGAGGUCCUAUGACGGAUACUUCCUUGGGUCUUUAAAUAAUCUUUCUUUAAUAGUAUCCCUUUGAUCAAUUUCAUAUAUACAAAUUUUAAACUGAUUACGUUGACCAAAUAAUAAAU